AUGGGAAAAAGGAAGUCGUUUACGAAUAAGGAAGAUUCAGAAACUGCUACAGUGGUAAAGAAGGCCAAAAAGUUUUUUGAGGUGAUUUGUUUUGCGUUUGUUUAUAUUUAAAUUUGUGUGUUUUUACAAAUGUUGUUAUUGGAAACAUUAUUAUUAAUUCUUUUUGAAGGCCAAAGCGUCAGAAGAUGAGGAAAAAGCGGAGGAAGUUGAGGUUGGUCUAAAAGAUCGACUGAAGUUUAUUAAAAAAUUAAAGUCAGAUCCAGUUGGAGAAGGUCUGAUCUUCGAGGAAGAAGAACAUCACCACCACGUGUUUGGGUAUCAAAGUAUUGGGCGGUUGGAGUCUGUUCUCAGCAAAUGGCAUUCUAGAAGGCUCCUCAAGUAUUCUACACAGUAUGUUUAGUUUUCUUUUGUUUGGGUUUUAGGAUUUGGUCUAAAGAAGAAAAGUUAGACGACGACAAUUAAAGCACUCUUUGAUACCACAAAAAAACGUGUUAUGUUGUAUUCAAAUGUUAAACUUAACUUUUUAGAUGUGGUGGAAUAAUCUUGGCAUUUGGAAAGAUUACAUUGACAAGCACACAGCCGAUUUACAGUGUACAUCCGUAUCUUCAUGUGGAUUACAAGGUCCAAUGUUUAAUUUUCAGGUAAUCUUAACUGUUACCUAAAUAUAAUUUAUAACUUGGUAUAUUUAAGCCUACAUGAAAUUUUACUUUAUUAUGAAAUCCUGUUUGUAAAAAUAUAUUUUCAGAGCAAACAAGAAUACGAAGUUCCAAACCAAAGUAGAAAGUGUGAAUGGAGCCAACGCUACUAGCACCUUCAUGGAUGUACCGGUGAUUAUCGAAGGAGUUCAGGAAGAAGAUGAGGUAGUCAAGGGCUUCCCAGUCACGGUCCAGUUCAAGAGAUUUUCAUACGACGAGCGAACGUCAAUCAUUAAGGUUAAGGUUGCACAUUAG